AUGAAAGCCCUGAAGUCCAUUGAUAGACACAAUGAAAGCAUAUCAAACAGUGGAAUGUCACAUGCCUUUGACCCCUUUGCUGGUCCCUUUGGAUACCUGACCAAUAGACACGGACUGAAGAUCAGGUGUAGAAGUUCUCGAUCGUGUCCAGUCAAGUCUGUGUGUUACCAAAACACCUGUGCUCUAGCUGGCAACCCCUGUCAAAUAAAGACCCCGCUUCUUACAAAGACAGAUACGCUGGUGACAUGUUCCUACCCUUCCUCCUGUCCUCGUGGGUACCACUGUGUGGCGGUAGAGGGAACACCAUUGUCUGUGUGCUGUCGUAGUAACACUUACAGAGGAUCAACUCGAAAACAUUUAGUGGGGUGCUUAUACGACUGUAAAUGUCCGAAACGCCCUGUCUGCAAAAAGCACAGAUACUGCAACGUAUCCUAUAAGUACAAAAGAGUUGGACAAAAACUGUGCCCUGUCCGUUGCAGUUAUAAGUGCUCUUGUCCCCCAAUGCCGAAAUGUAGGAUCCCAAAUGGUGCAAACGGUAAGCUGUGCCAUCCAAGAUAUAUUUUCACCAGAAUUAGAGGACACCGUUGCCCAGUCAGCUGCGUCUUGGACUGCCAAUGUCCUCCACUACCAAAGUGUCCACCAUUGCCAAAAACAAAAGGAUUCGGUCAGUUGUGUUACGAAAAGUACCUCUUUAAGAAGAUCAAUGACAAAAAUUGUGCUAUCAAAUGUAAACAAGUCUGUGUUUGUCCACCAAAACCUUCUUGCAUAGUUAAAUACAAGGGGCUGCAAUGCCAAAAGAUUUAUAGCUAUAAGGAAAUCAAUGGUAACAGAUGUCCGGUAAAAUGCACAUCUAAAUGUUUAUGUCCUCCCCCGCCCAAAUGCCCUCCUAUUCCAAAAGAUGGAAAAGGUCGAUCAUGUCGUCAUGUGUAUAAAUACCAGAUAAGAUUCGGCAAACGUUGCCCAGUCAAAUGCAAAAUUCAGUGUGGUUGUCCUUCCGCUCCUAAAUGUUCUAAACCUCCCAAAGGUCAAGAAAGCUUAUGCUCUCCUGAAUAUAGUUACACACAUAUCAAUGGCUUGAAAUGCCCCAUAAAAUGCCGGCUGAGAUGCAGGUGCCCACCACUUCCCAAAUGCCCACCUCAGAAACCCGAAGAGACAAAACUUUGUAAACCAUUGUUUACAUAUAAGAACAUCCAGGGCAAAAGAUGUGCUGUUAAAUGUCGAUUGAUCUGUAGAUGUCCGCCAGCGCCCAAGUGUAAACUUGUUAGGGGUAGAUAUGCCAGACUAUGUAAACCUUACUACAAAUUCAAAAUCAUCCAUGGAAACAAGUGUCCUAUUAAAUGUAAAAACAAGUGUAGAUGUCCGCCCAUCCCAAAAUGUCCACCCCUGACUAAAUAUGGCAAAUAUAAAAAUCUCUGUCAAAGAAAAUUUAUCAAUGUCAAAGUAAAUGGAAUCCUGUGUCCAGUAAAAUGUACAUCUAGAUGUCAGUGUCCUCCACUUCCUAAAUGUCCGCCAGUGAAGAAACCCAAGUAUGGAACCUGUUCUUCUGAUUAUAUUUUCCAGGAGAUUAAUGGUCUAACAUGUGCCAUCAAAUGUAAAAAUAAAUGUCAUUGUAAUCCUUUGCCAAAAUGUCCAAAAAUAGAUAAACAAUCAAGUCGUUUCUGUAGAACAAGAUACAUCUUUUCCAAACCUGAUCAAGGUUUGAGAUGUCCAAUUAAAUGUAUUUUAGAGUGUCGGUGCCCUGAACUGCCUAAGUGUCCGCCACUUCCCGUGCAUAAGAUUUACAAGAACCUUUGCAAACACGUUGUUAAGUACAAAAUAUUUCACAAGAAACAGUGUGCCAUCAGUUGUUCUAUUGAUUGCCACUGUCCUCCCCUACCAAAACUUCCAAAAAUAAUUCCCAAAAAUUGUCACAUUAAGUACAUUUAUGAAAACAUCUAUAAUUUACUUUGCGCUGUUAGGUUUAAACUAGUAUGUCUGUGUCCAAAACCUCCAAUAUGCCCGACCAUCAAGCAAAAUCCAAAGUAUGGAAAUUUGUGUGUGAACCAGUUUACAUAUAAAAUGAUAGGAAAGAAAAAGUGUCCCAUUAAGUGUAUUAAAAAAUGCAACUGUCCUCCACUGCCAGAGUGCCCUACACAUGGUCAAGGAUUGUGUCAACCUAUCUAUAAGUAUAAAAAGAUGAAUGGGCUGAUUUGUGCAGUGAGUUGUAAAGUGACAUGUCGCUGUCCACCUGUUCCAAAAUGUCCACCAAUCCCUAAAAAUGCCAUAAUUGCCAAGCAGUGCCACCCCAUUUAUGUCUAUGAGAAGGUAUACGGUAACCUUUGUCCGGUGCGGUGUAAUGUGAAUUGCUUCUGUCCCCCUGCUCCAAAAUGUCCAAAAAUCUUGGAGCAGAACAAGGAAACAUGUAAUCCUAAAUAUCAGUUCAAGAAUAUACAAGGGGUCCUCUGUCCUGUAAAAUGUAAAGCAGAAUGCGGAUGUCCUAAAUUCCCUAAAUGUCCUCCCCUUGACAAGUAUAAAGGUCUGAAAGACUUUUGUAGAUAUAAGUAUACAUAUAAAAAGAUACAUAACAAAGUCUGUGCAAUAAAAUGUGAUGUCCAAUGCACUUGUCCACCAUUCCCGAAAUGUCCAAAAAUUGGAAAGCAUAACGGACACCUAUGUAGUUAUGUUUAUAGGUAUGAAACUAUUGGCGGUAGGAGAUGUGCUGUCAAAUGUGACAGGGUUUGUCACUGUCCCCCAAAACCAAAAUGUCCACCAAUAAAAACUUACCACAAUUACAAAAAUAUAUGUACCUAUGAUUAUCACUACAGGUACAUCCAUGGCAACAAGUGCCCAGUAAAAUGCAACAUAGGUUGCUUUUGUCCAACUCUGCCAAAUUGUCCCAAACUACCCAAAAUCCCUGAAUACAAAAAUUUGUGCUACUAUGACUUUGACUUCAGGAACAUAAAUGGUCGUAUCUGUCCCAUUAAAUGCAAGGUGAAAUGCAACUGUCCACAACCACCUAAAUGUCCAAAAGUUCCUGUUUACAAAGGAUACCCCGGGGUUUGCCAAAAAGUCCUCCAGUACAAGCCCAUCAAUGGUCUGCACUGUGCCUUUUCUUGCAAAAUCAAAUGCAAAUGUCCUCCUAAGCCACACUGUAAGUGUCCACCCCAUGCUCACAGCUCCUAUAAAUAUGAAGAGUUUGGAGGCGUCAAAUGUCCUGUGAAAUGUGUUUACACCUAUGACCGGGGGUUUGGGUCACAUCCAAAUCAGCACAAUGGUCAUCAGAAAGAUAAUAUUGGUCCAGGCCUCUCCCAUUAUGCAAAAUACAGCAAAAUACACCAUGUCAUUUAUAGACAUCACUCCUGGAAUGUACACAGUACUGGUCAUCAUGAAAAUCGGGACUACAAUUACGAUUAUGGUGGACAAUAUGAUCAUGGAUUUGGACAUCCUUUUAAUUACAGAAAGUAA